AUGCCCCGCGCCUUCCUGGUCAGGAGUCGUCGUCCACAGCCUCCCAACUGGAGCCACCUGCCUGACCAGCUCCGGGGAGAUGCCUAUAUCCCAGACUGCAGCAGCCUGGGGAGGCCACCGGCACAACAGUCGUCCAGUGUCAGGGAUCCAUGGACAGCGCAGCCCACACAGGACAACCUGACCUCUGCUCCCAGGGGCCCAGGGACGCUGGGCUGCCCGCUCUGCCCUAAGGCCUUCCCUCUGCAGCGCAUGCUGACAAGGCACCUCAAGUGCCACAGCCCCGUGCGCCGCCACCUGUGCCGCUGUUGUGGCAAGGGCUUUCAUGACGCCUUCGAUCUCAAGCGCCACAUGAGGACUCACACUGGGAUCCGGCCCUUCCGCUGUAGUGCUUGCGGGAAAGCGUUUACGCAGCGCUGCUCCCUGGAAGCUCACCUUGCUAAGGUGCACGGGCAGCCGGCCAGCUACGCUUACCGCGAGCGUCGCGAGAAGCUGCAUGUGUGCGAGGACUGCGGCUUUACCAGCUCCCGGCCCGACACCUACGCACAGCACCGCGCCCUGCACCGCGCAGCCUGAUACGGUGUGCCAGCGUCCUCCCCAGGAGGCAAAUAAACACAGGAAACUCA